GCCAUAUUAGACAGACUCCAACCAGCUGUGUAUGGCUGCGGUCAGAUCCGAGGAAAAGGAGCGCUAAUCCGGCUGACAAGUGUCCUGAGGCCUCGGUACAAACCCGCUAAAGACUCUGAAUUUCUGCUGUAUGGUUUCGUAUCAUUAUUGGACUCAGAAACUUCGCACACUUCGGCCUGAGGAGGGUUUGUUUCUCUGUUGUUGAGCUAACUCGCCGGCAGACAUGACUUCCGUCACUAUGCGGAGCUCAGGCCUGGUGCAGAGGCGGACUGAAGCCUCUCGACUGGCCGCUGAUAAGGAGCGUCCGUCCGACCAGGAGGAGCACGAGUCCCGGCGGCGAGACGAGCAGGACGACGACGACACCGGAGACUCCAAAGAAACCCGUCUGACCCUCAUGGAAGAGGUGCUGCUGCUAGGACUAAAAGACCGAGAGGUAAAACAAUAUCUUCCCCUAAUCAAUAAGUCUGUUAAUAAAGGUAAACAUUGAAGCUAGGCUGCUAACGGUAGCUAGCUCUGUUUGCUUAACAAACACCGUCUGUUACUGUGAGAAUCCGUGUUAGCUUCCUGGCUAACAAGCUAGCGCUGUAGCUUAGAGCAAUAACAGGCUUUUUAUCUCCUUGUCAUGAUCAUGUAGUUUAAAUUUAACCAACAAUAAAGGUUACUUAAUAACUCAGGUACAGUCCCGUGACAAAUAUUAAUGUUUGUGUUAACUAUUAUAGUAAAAAUUUAUCCAACAGGACAAAACUAAAAAACUCGUGAAAUUACCCAGGUCAUCAGUAAAUACACAAGUUUAGAUCAAUGAUUAAUAAUGUCGUCUUGCCGUUUGCUUAUAUGGCGAAUUUGCAAUUUACCCCCAAUUGUUUAAAGGCACAUAAUUACGUUUAUGGUUAUGUCACGCAUCUCAUAUCUUUAAACAGCGCCUCAAUACACAUUUUUCAAGCACAAGUUACAGCAAUAAGAAGUAAUUACACCAUUUUGACAUUUGUCUUUAUUCAGACUGAAAACCAAUCAUAGACAAUCAGAAACUUGUCUUAAUUUUAAGUUUUCAUUCUGUUUAGGGUGUAAAUUUCUACCAAUGGUAUACUCUUCUGUCCUGUCUUAUUUGAUCCAAUCCUAUCCUGUUCGAUCGGAUCAGAUCUGAACCAAUCCGAUUCUUGGUGGUCAUGAUUCAAUCCAAGGAUUCAAAGAUACUGUGCGAUUUAUGUUGGGCUUAUAUACAUACAUAAUAGUGUAUGUAUUUAAGCUUCAAGGACUGAAGGAUAUUGUGUAAUUUUUAGAUUGGGCUUAUAUACAAUCUGUAAACAGUACAGUUUUCAGAGAUAAAAACUCACCUUCAUUGCCCACUGAUAUUUAUAAUUAUUAGUUAUGAAGCAGUCUUUUUCUUGUUGCAAUUUGACACUCUAGAUUUCAACAAAAAAUAAUAUAUUUAGUAAGUAAAUACAUAUUAAAUACAUGUUGGCUCCAAAUAUCAUACAUUAGUGAAAUGAAUGAUUAGUUAGCAAUCCCAGCACUGGAAAACCAUUAUGGGCUGUUCCUCGACUGAUAUUGUUAUUAAUUAUUAAGGGUGUCAAAUUUAAAGUUUUCUUAAUUGUUGAUCUUUGGAAAUAAUAAUUGAUUAAUCAUUGCAAGUAGGGCUGGGCGAUAAAACCAUAAUGAUAUGUAUCGAAAAUGAAUUUCCCUCAAUAUCAGUAUAAACCAUGGUCAAUAUGCUUUGGUAGACUAAACGAAUAGCCAAUGAAAAGGGGAGUUUCUGCAGGGUCUGCUUUGCGCAGUUACCUCAUUUUUUAUAUCCUGAAAAAUGUAUCAUGAUAAACUUUUUCCCAUAUCGCCCAGCCCUAAUUACAAGUGUUUAGGUUUGUCUUAAUACAAACUAUUAAACAGCUAACACUGACACUGAACUGGAGUGGAGAUAUGACACUCAUUAUUAUCGAGCUAACCACCAGUUUUUCCCUUUUCCACUCAAUGUCUCUUCCUCUCUACAUGAGACUGACUCAGUGAGGUGAUGAAAAGCUGUUUGGCCUGAACCAGGAUGGCGUCAGCUGGCUCAGCCAGCAUGUAAAGUUUAAUGUAAAUGUCAAUUUCAAUUUGACAGUUUGUCCUGGAUGUUUAAGGUGUGACUGGCUGCAACUCUGCAAAGCCCAUGUUUUAAUUUACUAGUACAGCUAUGGAUUGCUUCAGAGCAGGAGUGUCAACCUCAUAAGCAAAAGAGGCAACAUUUAAAACUUGGUCUUGUUGAAGUCAACAUUUAUGAAACAAUGGACUGUAUCUGAUCAUGUUUGUCGGAGAAGUAUUGUAAAAAAAAAGUAUUAUUAGAGAAUUGUAAAGGUUUUUUUUCCUCCCAAAACAUCUCAAAGAAUUAGAAUAAUUUUGAGGUACUAAAUAAAAUUAAACAAGAUGAAAUUCCAAAUUUAAGGCAUAGCAGAGACAUAAUUUUCUCUCUCUCUCUCUCUGUCCACAAUUUUUUUAUUGUCACAUUUCCAAACAAAAGAAAAGAGAAACAGACAGAAAACUACAAUCCCAGUUCUAAAAAAGUUUGACUUUGUGUAAAAUGUUAAACAAACAGAUUCAGAUAUUUUGGAUAAAGUCUGUACAAUUCAAAAUAGUGCAAAGAUGAAAUAUCAGAUGCUGAAACUUAAAAAAUACAACUGUUUAUGAAAAAAAAUAUGCUCAUUUUAAUGUUACCAACAUGCUUUCAAAAAGCUGGGACAUGGACAAGAAUACAAAGAAAAAGUUAUACAGACACCCAGAGGAACAUCUCCCAACUAAUGAGGUGAAUUUACAACAGGUUAGUGACAUGAGUGAGGAUAAAAAAGGCCCUCCAGAGAGGCUGAGGUUCUCAGGAUGAGGUUCAUUACUCUGUGAGAGGCCUCAUGAGUGAAUAGUUAAACCAUUUCAGAAUACUGUUGCUCUGCAUAAAAUUUUAACAAUUUGUGGAUUUCAUCAUUUGCAGCACAUAAUGUCAUUAAGAGAUUUGGAGAAUGGGGAGAAAUCUCUGUACAAAAGGAACAAGGCCCCAAAUCAAUACUGGAUGGAUGUGAUUCUCUCGCCCUGAGGCAGCACCGCGUUAAAACUCGGAAAGAUUCUGAAAUUCUUCAGAGGAAAAAAAAACAAAAAAACCUGCAUUUAAUUUUGUAGAGUUAGGCCUUCCUCUUCUCUCUGUCUCUCAAGGAACUCUCUUCUAAAUAAAGGUGGAUGUACAUUCAGUCAAUUCUUUUAAUCAAAGCUUAUUUCCAUCCAAUAUUCAGUCUGCAGUUAAUAAUUCUGAGGUACACACAGUCACUUGAAAAGAGCGAAGAAUGCAGUGUCAGCUGUGGUGUUUGGACCUCUGAGCACAUCUGAUGCCAAAGUCCAACUACACUUUCAUUUACGGCUGAAAACAUCUGUUCUUAGAAGGCGCUGUGAAUGCUGUUUUUUUACAUUGAUUUAUGGCGUUCGCACUCUCUCAUGAGUACUCUGUGUCCUUGUUUUUGCCAAUCUUGCUCCAGUGAGUACACUUGUUUUGCUUUAUGGCAGACCAGGACUCUGAUGUGUGUUUCCAUACUGCAGGGUUACACCUCUUUCUGGAACGACUGCAUCUCCUCAGGACUACGUGGCUGCAUGUUGAUUGAACUGGCCCUGAGAGGACGCCUGCAGCUGGAGGCCUGUGGCAUGAGGAGGAAAAGUCUGCUGGCCAGAAAGGUGGGGCAAGUUUUUGUGAUUUUACUAAAUAACCAUUAUUUAGUAAAUGUCUUCUGUCACCUGGUGAGAUUCAAGUAUUUUUCAACUUAAAACCAAACAAAACCAUUUUUUUUUUGUGCAAAUCACUCAGUGAUGCUGAAACUUUUAAAUGUAGUGAGUCCUCUGCACCCACAGUUGGAUUUGGGUGGGUCCCUGAGAAACUUUACAAGUCCUUGAUGAAAGUUUUGUUUCUUGAGCAAUUCACUGUGAGCACAAGUGCGGUGAUGAAGUUCUGGAUGCAGCAAGGGUCAGCAAUCCAGUUCCUUGUGUAUUUAACUUCCCCCUUUCACAUCCCCCCUGUGGCCCUAAUUAGAUUAUAAAUACAAAGUGUUCUUGUUGCUCCACAUAAAGAGUUUAAAAAGUGUAUUUUGGCUGUGUUCGUUUGGCUUUUGGCGGAAGCUGCAAUGAAGGAGUUAAUACAGCCAUAGUUACCAGAAAACUGGCCAAACAUUGUGAAGUAUUUUCUGAUGUAAACACACAGACACCAGUUGGUUUAGAUAAGCACAAACCAAAUCUUUCCCGAGUGUGGCUUUUAUAAUUCGAUCAAUAAUCUGUCUUGUCUUUGUGUUUACAUGGGAACCAGCUGUGAAUGAGAUGUGUGCUGAGGUCAUCUAAGCAUAAUAUAAAUAGUGCCAAAGAGCCACUUUGAGGAAAAAAAUACAGUUGUUAACCUAAAAAAAAAACUGUCCUAAAGAGUUUUUUUAAAAUAUGGUUGUUUUCACUCCUGUCCCUUUCAAAAAAAAAAAAAGACAGAACGGGUCUGAUGAAUUUAUUUUGAAGUUCUUGCACAUAGAAAGGGUAGGUGUUCAAGGUAAGAAUAAAAAAAGAGAACAUAAAAAGCUAAAUUAGAUGUUUUUCCACUUUUGCUGAUGAGAUUUUAUUCGAGUUUAAUUGUCUUUUUUUCUCACAAUGGCAGCCUUCAGAGAGGUGAUAAUCAGGACUGAUUUUGUCAAUUUGGCCUCAAAUUUACAGGGUCACCAUUUAGAUAAUUUUUGCAAAAUCCAACUCAUAGCAGUGUUGUCCAUGCUCUGAAGAAGCCCAUCCAUUUUUGCCCUAUUUGGAUGCAGCACACCAAUCAGCUUGUCAGGUCUAUAACGUUUGAGUUAUAUUAUGAGUUUUUCCCUUUUUGCAUCUCAGAUUGACAUAAUUUGAAGCAUCAAGAUCUGAUCAUUGUGAUGCUGACACAGUCCUGGCCAUCCUGUACUUUGAUAAAGUAAACAAAGUGUGUUGACCAUGGGCUGUGUCAUUAUCCGAUUAAAGAAAAAAAAGAAUAAAGUGGGUAAAACAGUGUUUUGCCUUCAGUGAAGCAGGGAACUCAAUAUGGAUUUCGGAUCCUCAGAAAAAAAAUAUUCAGGUAUAAACCGUUCCCUUUAUAAACUGAGCAAUCAUGGCAUUAAGCUGCAGGUGUGGUCUGUUUGAUGUGAACAGAAGUAAGAACUGUAAAGGCACGGGUCAUUUAGCAUCUGUCAUCUACACCCCAUAACUGUGUGUCUUUGUUUGCUGCAGGUGAUCUGUAAGUCAGACGCUCCCACAGGUGACGUCCUCCUUGAUGAAGCCUUGAAACACAUCAAAGACACUCAGCCUCCAGAGACGGUGCAGAGUUGGAUCGAACUUCUCAGCGGUGAGUUUUCAGUGUUUUUACCGGCCAGCAGACCCUCAGAGGUCUUAUCAGAUCAUUGAUGCCUCAUACUGUUUUUAACCAACACAACUGCAAAAUUCCACGUCAUAUGUGGUUAGAAAAAUCUUUUCCCCAAAUCCCCAGCAGCUGAAGCUUAAGGGAACAUGCCUUUGCUUAUUAUGAUUAUUAAUUCAAUGGACCCACCCAGUUUGUAGCAGGAAUCUGUGUAAGUGUGUCAAAACUGUUACAGACAACAAUGAGGUUCUUUGUCACCAAACAAUGUCAGGGAUUUGGCUGAAAACUCUGGGCUUGUUCCAGGUUAUAUUUCUCUGAUUCUGAAGAUUAGAUUAGCCCUUUUUAGGACCCCAGGACUAUUCAUUGAUAACAAUAUUGAGCAAUAUAUGAUGCUAGAAUCAGGCAUUUAAAGCUAAUGCUAAUUGAUUUUCACAAGAGACUUCCUGUGAUUGCAGAUGCCAAAAAAAAAGUCAAGCAGGUAUCUUCGGCAUGUUGUUCUUCAGUGAGACAAACCAUGAUGUAAUGCCAAGAAGCGCAAGAGUGUGUGCGUGUGUGUUAGUGAAGCAGAGGGGGAGAGGGAGCAUGAGGAGAGAGAGGCUGCAGAGUCUACAAGUGUUCAUGAGCUAACUAUGGCUAGGCUGAACUAUGAGACGCUAGGUCUGCAUCAUCGUAGAAAACAGUGUGUUCAGUAAUGUGUGUUCAGAGUGUUUGAGGGUUAAAGACUUUUCAGUUUAAUAAGACAGAGAGAAGGGACAGACCUUUCUCCGCUGCUGCCCCCACCCUCUGGAAUCCACUCCCCAAACCCAUCCGAGAGUGUACAGACCCCCGUACUUUCAAAUCACUCCUAAAAACGAACCUUUUUAAAUUGGCUUUUAACCUGUGAACUGUUCUUUUAUUGUCUUUUCCCAUUUUGUCUUUUUUAACCUUUUACAUUGUUGGUUUUAUUUCUCAAAAUUUUCUGUGUUUUAAAUUGUGUUUUUUUUUUUUUUUUGUAAAGCAUCUUUGAGCACCUGUAAAAGCGUGUUACAAAUAAAAUUUAUUAUUAUUUUAAAUACAUGCAAUGGAAAUGUUGAUAUAUUAAUGUAUGGUAGUUUUAUCUAACUGCGAUUCCAGUAUCAGUCAAAAUAAUCCUGAUUAUAAUCUGUGUGUUGAAGUUUAGUUUUAAUCGUCUUUUGUGUCAUUCUUGUUAUUUUUCAGGAGAGACUUGGAACCCUCUCAAGCUCCACUAUCAGCUGAGGAACGUGCGUGAGCGUCUGGCCAAGAACCUCGUCGAAAAAGGUGUCCUGACCACGGAGAAGCAGAACUUCCUGCUUUUCGAUAUGACCACACAUCCUCUGACCAACAACAACAUCAAACAGCGGCUCAUCAAGAAGGUCCAGGAGGCCGUGCUGGACAAGUGGGUAAAUGACCCGCACCGGAUAGACAAGCGUCUGCUGGCGCUCAUCUUCUUAGCCCACUCCUCCGACGUGCUGGAGAAUGCCUUCGCCCCGCUGCUGGACGACCAGUACGACCUCGCCAUGAAGAGAGUGAGACAGCUGCUGGAACUGGAGCCCGAGGGAGAGAGCAUGAAGACCAACGCCAACGAGCUGCUGUGGGCCGUGGUGGCUGCCUUCACCAAAUGAGGCCGGAAAAACAGACAGCAGAUUUCUAUCGAAGUGGCAUUGAACGCUGGGGAGGGAAUCAGACCCUGACAUGGGGAUUAAACUGACACCAGUUCACCCUGUCUGGACUCUUGGAACAGGCUGCCCUCCUUUUCCCCCCUCUUUUUUGUUUUCCUUCUUUACAAACUGUCGCUCACCCUCCCCGGAUGUGUCCUUUCUGUCUCCACUUUGCUAAUACAAAUAACUGUCAACCUUUAACGGAGUGGAGGAUACAAGAGAGGCUAAAAUCGAGCUGUUGAUUCAUAUCUUCUUUUCUGUUCUGUCAGGUUUAUCUUUGUUUCUUAGAGGUACUGUUUGUACAAUAACUCACAUGUGAGGGUACACGUCGUUCAGGCUGUACACGAGGGAAAGGUGAGCCCGAAAUCUUUUGAAAGUCUUUAAUUUCUUUUGCCAAAUCUGUCCGAAAUGAUUGAGGACGUGUAGUAUGGUCGAUCGCGAAGCCUGACUUCACUACCUAACACGGAGUCUGAACUGAUAUUUACUCAGUCAGUGCCUCUAAAACACACACUGAUCUGUUUUACAAACCCGCUUAUCCAGAGACGCAGGGAGGCAGAGACCGUCCCUGCUCAAACUGGGAGGGAGGUGCUCACAUGACGCCUUGAAAACAGGCUGACACCGGGAAGAGUCCUCACAGGGACCUGAACUGAGGGUUGUCCAAGCUGUCGGGAGAAAGCGCUGACGGCAGAACCACCGUCCUGCUCACCGUUCCAUCUGUUUCUACGUGAAAAGUUGUAUGUGACAUCAUCCUUUGUCACCAGGACAGGAGUGAAGCUAACAGCGCCCUGAGUCCUGGGAGGAUGAUGAAGGUGUGUUCAGACCACAAGCGAGGGUUAUAUAUUGUUAGUUAUCUAACACAACCCCAAGGUCAUAAACAUUUGGACCCAGUAAAAUGUUGAGAAAACAGAAUUUGAUGGUUUGCAAAUUACUUAAACCUUUUAAUUUGUUAAAUUUGAUGGCAGCAACAUGUUUGAAUUUGGAUUUUAGCUGCUCAACAGGUUAGGGUCUCUUUUUAUUGAUUUUUUUAUUUCAUGAUGCUCCAGACAUUUUCAAUAGGUGACAAGUCAGGACUGCAGGCAGCCCAGGUUUACCACCCGGACACUUCUACGACAGAUCCAUGCUGUUGAAAUACAUGGAGACUGUGGUUCAUCACUGUCCUGCUGAAAUUGUCUUCCCUGAGAAAGUCGUUGUCUGGAUGGCAGCAGCUGUUGCUCCAUAACCUGUUGAUAUCCUCAGAUGGUCCCUCCCCUCUUUAGAGGACAUGGUGGAAUGUCAAAUUCUGAUCUGUGAAACUACGAGACAGUUUUUCAUCUCAGUUCAUCUUAAACAAGGUCUGGCUUGUUUGUGUGAUUUGCAAACCAUCCGAUUGUGUUUUAUUAAUAUUUAACAGCAUUCCAACUUAUUUUGAAUUGGAGUUUCAAUCAAAUAACAGUCCGAUCUGUUCAUUCCGGCCUCAUAGUGCCGCUCUGAUGUUGGUGUGACUUUUUAGAUGCAGUGAGACAGAUUGCCAGGCUGAAACAAAACACUGGUCGGUGUCCAUCAGAGAGAUCCUGGUCCAGAUUUUGGCCAAAUGGGUUAUCAAUCUGCGCUGAAGGGAACAAGAAAGUCUAAGCACAGUUUGUGGAGGAGAAGGAGACAUUAAGCCACCUGAGAGAGUGUCCAGGUGAUGAUAUGAACACAGACAGCAGUUGAUGCUUUUGGUUUGAACACACCUUUUAAAUUUCUGUCCUGUUUAAAAGUGAAAAAGCCAAAACUUGUCGAGCAUCUUCAGACGGACUUGUUUCUGUCAUUGUGUAGAAUUAAUCAUGUAGAAUCAUACAAGUACCAAAUUCUGCAAACAGGCGAAGGAUUCAUAAUAAUGAAGGAUAUGAUUAUUAAAUGAAAAAAGGGGAUUGGCCGUUAGUUUUUCUGUAUUUGAUCCUGACAUGGUUUGGGUAGAGGACAGGUCUAUUUAAUCUGAAUGCACUUUCAAAAUGUGUGCUUACUCAACAUAAACCAGGUAAGAUUCAGGGAUGCAGUUUGUAAAAGUACCCUGGUCUAGGUCCAGUGUGGUGAUGCUCCAUGUUUGUUUAUCCUGUGAAAUCUUUUAAGAUUUAGUAGUGAUGGGACAUUUCUCUGCUGGAGCUCUAACAGGAACAAACUCAGGAAAGCAGACCUGAGCGAUGGACAUUAGUUGAUUUGUUAAAUUCCGACAGACGAAAUAGUUUUCUCUAAUCAACAGAAUCAAAAAUAAAGAAGUCUAAGGUGGGUCAAAGAGUAUAAAAGUCUAAUAAGAAUCUCCUCUUGGUUUUUGAGCUUCUGUUUCUUUUUUUGACCUUGAAACACCUCUAAAUCAUUACACAAAAGUGAGAUAUCUUCAUUUAAAGAUGAAUUGAAUGCAGAGAGAGAUCAGGACGCGAUAUUUAAAAGCAGACUAACUGCUAUGUAGCUCCCCCAAACAAAGAAAGAGGUCGAUAACGGAGCGUGUCCCUUUAAAGUCGACCCAUUGAAUCAUCAGUGGAAGAAGACCCUCCAUCAACUCUUUCUGUUCAGUGCUUUUUCUUACAUUUUUUAUGUCCUUGUUUAUCUGCAUCAUGCAGGAGCAACAACAUGGUGAGCUGUAAUCUUUGCUAAAAUAGUGUCUGAAUGAAUCCUCACUGUGUACAUCAGUUCUUGGUGGUUUCGCCUCUUGCCACCCAAAAAUGAAAGCUGGUGUAAAAAACAACCAGCUGUGCGCACAAGUUAGCUUUUGUACGCAGAAGACAUUGGGAAGAUCUGUGAGCUGAGCUGCUUCCAACUUAAUUAAACUCACUAGCUGACUAAAAACCCAUAAAAAGUUACUUUGUUUAUUGUUGACGUCACUUAUUAUAGGAGUAAUCGUCUGGAAAUGUCUCAUCGUCUAACAGGGUUAGAAGAAAAAUAAAUCAAGUCUUACAGGUAAAACUCAUCAUUUUGGUAACUCUGUGACAAACUGUUGGCUUAAUUUUACGAAACUUAAAGAAGUCUGAGCAGGGUAACAGUUCUGCAUUUAGUACAGGUGAAAGAUUCAUUGUGUGUUUACCUGCGGGCUAGAAAACAUGGAUGCAUUCUCAGUGGAGAUACCCAUUGGUUUCUGAAGAGGUGUUAUAAAAUCAAAAAAUGUGUGUGAUCGUUUUGAUCUUGGGAGAUACCAAUCAGAGAUGUUAUCCUGAAUGCUCUUUUAAGUCAGAUUUCAGCUCAGAAACUCGGAGGACCUUAAGCGUUCAAAAUCAAAGAUGGCCGCUUCCUUCAUUAGCAGUAAAAUAGCUGUACUCUGAAUAGUGUUUUUCAGCAGAAAUAAACAUGUUUACAGCCUGAUCCAAAACUAUUUUUGUCUCUUUUAGCCCAUUUUUUUAAAAUCACAAUGCUACAGGAUGGGGUGCUUUGGAACUAUUUGCCAACUCACUAAAGGUUUAUUUCAUCUCGGCCUGAUCGUCGUUAAAUUUAAAGGAAAAUUGGAUUCAUACGAUGACCUCCAUCUUUGGGUUUCAACAUGUAUCUCCAGAAAAAAAAGGGUGAAGAUGCCACUAAGACAGCCAUACCCUGUUUGCAUCAUGAUGUUCUCACCCAUAUGCCACUGCCUUAUGGUGCGUUCGAAUAACCUCGGAAGAGUUACCAGCGUUUCAGUUAACAAGUUGUAAAAAGCAAAAUUGGUUGCCGGAAACAAGAAGGCUAUAUCUACGAAAGUUAUUUUCGUGCUUGCCUUGUCCAAAUAUAAGGCGAGCACUAAAAUAACUUUUAUAGAUGUCAGGCCUCCGAUUUCGCUAUUUUCCGACUUGGUAACUGAAAGCUGGGAACUCGGGUGUGACGUCAUUUUCAGCUCCGACAUCUGACUUCCGAGGUAACUCGAACGCAGCAGUACAGUCCCGCCCCAUUAGCAGUGGGUAGCUAGGUGGCUAACUAGCUAAUAUGAUUAAUAUUAAGUAACUUGUAGUUUGUUUCAUUUACCCUGGAAGUUAAAUGUUGGAGCUGGGAUUAAAGUUACACCUGAGCUGACUGCAUUCCAGUCAUAAAUUGUAAAUAGAAAAAUAGCCCCUGUUGUUAUCAUAGUUAGGUACACCAGGCAGUAACACACUGUGGGGUAGUUUGAACAUAAAAUCAACAUGUUCACAGAUAAAACUUGCAAAGUGAUAUCUGUGUGAUUGAUUUUAGCUUGCAAACACUAAAGACUAAAAUUUCUAAUAGACAUUUGAAGUACAGCUGUUUUAUUGUUGAUGCAGGGAGCAUUCAUCUUUGAUUUUGAGUCCUGUGUUGCAGCUUCAGAACUGGGACAUAACUUGCACCAGGGAUUCAUAUACCGCCCGUGCUCCCACUAAAUUCCAAUUAAACUAGAAGUGUCAGGCUCAUUUUAAAAGGGGGUCCAUAGGGAUUCACUUCCUUUAAGAGAAAGCCCCUAGCUGGCAUUAAAGGUACUGCAGAUUUUGUGAUUUUGCCUUUGGCAGCAUUUUUUCAGGCGAUCACUGCUUUGUUUGGAUGCAGAGUAAGUGAAAAAAUUAGACAUUUUUGUUUACCAGCGCCAUCCCUGUGCAGCAUCUCUUAAGUCUUAAACGUUGAGGUGCUUAUUUCUGUAAACAAACACAGCUAGCUUUCAGUAUGUUAGUGCAAAACCAGGCCGAUUCAGUGAACUUGGAAAGUGGAAAAUACACCUUCAAAGUUUUUCAAGACAGCUAACAGUUUUCCUUUGCUGUCACUCAUUGGCUAGGCUAAACAUUUUCAGGCCUGUCUCUCUCUUGGACAGCUACUUCUCAUUAUGAAUAAUUACAUUUAUAUUCAAAUAUCAGAUUAAUCUAUAAAGUCUGAUCAGAGGAAUGAAAAUAUGGCUCACAUUCCAGAUGUUAUUGUAUAUAUUUUUGUAUUUUGUAUCAGACGCAGCUCCACUGUCAGUGUUAUGAAUCUGUAGUGUUUCAGCUGCUCUGUCAUUACUUUAAUGAAGCCUUUAUCGACGCACCUAGCUCUUAAUUUCAGAUUACGUCUGUCUUAUUUUCAUUUAAUUGUUUUUUCUCUGUGUCAGUGCAGCUUCCUGCGGCACAUCCAGACUUGUGUGGAGUUAAUGCUGCUGACAUUCCCCUCGGUUUAAAGCUGUUUAUCAUGUUUUAUUGUUCACAUCAUGGAUCUUGUUGCUUUUCUUCCCUCUUAUCUUGUAUGUAGCAGUGGGCUGAGACUGAUGAUUCAAUGUUUAAGAAGAGGAGGAGAUCUUCAUCCCUCAGACUGCAGGGUGAAUAUGAGAGAUUAUACAUGUUGUCGAAAUAAAGGGACCUCCUAUCUGUGUACUUUCUUUAACCCUCGAAAUAAACCAAGAGCUUGGAAGUGCCUAAUCAUA